AUGGACUAUGAACCCAAGAAAUCCAAGAAGGUAAAGGAGCUGCUGUCCGGUCUCUUAGAUCCAUGUUUUACUCUGAAUAUGGUCCAAAGACAAGUCAACCCACUGAUGUGUUUUCUUAAAUUCAGACCAGAACUUCCAGGCUUUAGUCCAGAUUUACUCCUGAGCUGUUCUCAGAUACAUCCAUGGUCUAUUUUGAUAACCAACAAGGUGAACCAAACCGGGAUUUUUAGCGGCGUAAUGAAGCUCGUCAGGUAAACAGUUGUAAAGUUUUCUUUUUUGUUAAUCAACAAACACCCAGUUAGCCUCCUGUUAGCGUGUUUGUUGAUUGUUUUGGUGCAUGACGUAACAGGUCAACUGGAAGAGGGCGGAUAGACUAACGUCAAAUUCUCACCUCAUGUGGAAAGGCGGCCAAGAGGCCGUUGGCGCCAAUCGCCUCUGAUCGUUUUCAUUCAGGUUAAUGUGUCAAAUUCCCCUGCGGUUCAGCGGGUUUUGUAACAGAUCAUCAGGGUUCUGUUUUUUCCUGACGCCGCAGCAUGGCGGGUAAAUUCAGCACAGAUUAACCCAUGCUGGGAAGGAAGUCGGACACAGACACAAAAUAAAAUAUUCGUCCGCUUUUCAAAAUAAAACCCUUACAGCGUGCAAACAUGGUUUGUUUCGUAGACAAAGAUAAAUACUGCACUAACUCAUGGUUAAUUCCCAAUCUCCACUGACGUGAGCUGCCUCAACUGAGCUGUUGAGGCAGAUUUGAAAAAAGCGUCCACCAAUAGGAGCUGUCCAGGACGGAUGGCUCCUAUUGGUCAAUGUUUUUGCAGCCCUGCACCUGAUAGAGUGAACGGAUUUGUUCCGUUCUUUUUUCUCUUCACCUUGUGGAGAUCGCACAAUAGGACCAUGAUCGCCAUAGAAACGAGGUUCAUAAUAAUGACCAACCUCUCCAAUCGUCAACCAUGACUUUAAGUCUGAUCUGUGUACGUAAAUCUACUUAUUUGUACUUUACAGAAAAUGCUAAGAAUCAAAAACCAAGAGAAAGAGGAGAAAGUGUUAACCAGCUGCUCGGCACCUUGGUCUGACCUGAGCGAGUUGUUAGAUUAGGAACAUUCAUCACAAAAUCCAAUUAUUUCCCACUUUCUGCUUACUCAAAAAAAAAAAAAAAACUAUUGAACAAGAAGAAGACAAAACUCAUUAUAACAGCAUCUGCUUUUGUCCCGUUUAAUUAAAUCCAGCUGACUGCAGAGAUGUUUAUCACCCAACAGCCCUACAGUCUCGCUCUGACGCCUGCUGAUCUGUCCUCCGUAUCCACACAGAAAGACCAGUUCUUGGUCUUAAAACCGGGUUUUUCUCCAGUUUGUGUGUGUUUGGACAUCCAUUGGCCUCGUGCCUCGGAGUCACAGUAUAUUGAUGUGUGUUUGGGCGUGUGUGCCAGUGGGUGUCUAACUGUGUGUGCGGUGUUAGCGGUGAGUCUCGGUGGGGAGCUGUCAGAGAUCACUGCUCACCUAUCAAUCACAGUGGGAACAGCCAACGGGAUGAAGCGCAUUACAGCACACACACACACACAUAAACACAUAAUGAGGCCUGCGUGGACACACACAAACUCGUAUGAAAGUCUAGUUAAAAUGCAAACCCAGAACACCCCGCUGGAGUGACUGGAGACCGCUGCGUUAAUCACAUUCAGGAAACCAAAGUGUUUGACAAAUUAGACGGCGUGCUGAAGACUGAGGCAGGCGGGAAAGUUUUAUUCAUGAAGCGCGUUUCAAAGAUGUCCGACUUGAGUUUCUGUCUGUUUAUCUCAGGAAUCACGCUGAGCAGCGACUUUUGUUCUUCCUCCAAAAACAAUGAUUCCUGUUGUGACCGAGUUUUCACCGAGGGGGAAAUUCAAUCGCAUUAAACCGUUUACCUGCUCAGAGCGGUGACAGAAUGUUUCCAGUAUCUCAGUAUCUCAGCAGGAUAAAGAGAAGCAGGAUAUCUACGGGAAUGUACCAUCUGUAGAUGCAGGAGCAACAAUUUUAAAUCAGCAAACAGGGAAAACGGUCCAGAUGGAAAACCUCAUAUAACGCUUACCAUGGAUUUCCAUCGCGUACGGAACGGCGGCGAUUUGCGCUGUACGCCAAUUCUUCGUUUGUGACGUGAAUUCAGCUACGAUCGGCGAAUACGGCCUUUUCGUAGCCGUUCUGGAUGCGGUGGGGAUUGGCGGUUAUCUUUAUCUACAAAUAUCUACAUGCUACAAUGGCUGAGAACGGCCACUGCUGCAAAUAAAAAAGAAUGUAAAAAAAAAAAAGCCACAGUGGAAGUUACCGAUGCAAAAAAAACAAACAAAAUAAGUUACUGACUGUGAAAAUAAAAGGAUGCAAAUAAAAAAAACACAACAGAAGUGAGCUGCCGGGGACCAGUAUUGAUGAUGAUGUGGCUUUUUUAUUUGCAUCUUUUUAUUUUCACAGUAACUUUUUUUUUUUAUCUAUUUUUUCGCACCGUUGUGGCUUUUUUAUUUUUAUUUUGCAGCUACUGUUUCUCUUUUUUUUGCAUUGGUGAUUCCAUUUUUUUGCGUUCUUUUUAUAUUUAUUUAUUUAUUUUUAUUCUUUCCAUUUAUUUUAUUUGGCAGUUCUCGGCCACCGUAACAUGUAAGUGUAGUUUACAGUCUUAAAAUCUCAGUUAUGUUAUAUUUCAAAAGCCAGUCCUUGGUUUGUGUCGAGUUUGGCGCCCCCUGCAGACGAAUUAGACCACUUUUCUUUUCUUUUGUACAUGUGAAAACCUCCUCUUGUCCUCUCAAAGUCAAAUUUAUCACACACUUUCAGUAUUUGUUGUUAAAAAGAAAUUUAAAAAAGGGGUUGGUAGAGCUGGCUGUCAAUCAUCUGGUCUGGCUCCGCCCCUUUUCACAGCAGAUUCAGACACUAAAACUAGCAGCUCAGAAAUUUUGCGUCUUGUUUCCUCUCGACUGUCUUUCUCUGUCUUUAAUAUUUCAUAUGUCUCGUAAAUCUCCGUCCCUCUCCCUGCAGGGUUUUGUCUCUCCAAUCAAGCGGCUGGUCUGGUCAAAAUCUGGGCGCCGACAGGUGGACCGAGGAAGCAUUUACCGCCGCCCGCUGCACACUGUCCCUCUCUACCCGCCAGACUACCUCAUCCACCCUGAGAGGCUGAUCUUUGACUACGUGGAGAAGGAGGUCAAGGUAGACUCUUCGACACAGAACAAAACUAACUACCAUCACCGCUAACUUUACGAUAACUUUACGAUAACUUUACGAUAACUUGACUACUUUUUCGACCUUGUCUGGUUUUAGUUUCUCGGUCACCUGACGUGGGUGUCGGUGUCACUGAACCCCUCCAGUCGAGAUGAGCUACUUCAGCUGUUGGACACGGCCAGGGUGAAUAAGAAGUUUUAAUACGAGCUGACUUUGACUCAGUGAUCAAUAAUCAAUAAUCAAUAAUCCGUGUCUGUGUCAGUAGCAGCUGAAGGUGCUGCCUCUAAAGACCAGCGUGGACCAGGACUGUAUCCUGAGUCUGUCCGCUCGCUGUCUGCUGCUGACGUGGAGAGACAACGAGAAGCUGCUGAUGAGGAUCCCCACACACGAGAUCGCCGCCGCCUCCUACCUGAGAGACGACGCGCUGCACCUGCUGGUCCUCAAGACAGGUGAGGGAUAUACGCCACAUUCAGGUGGCGGUUUAUCUUCUCCGUCUUUACUCGACUCUUCCCUUUCGUCCCUCAUCAUCGUUUCCUCUCACCUGUUUUCCUCUGUCUUGUUUCAUCUUUGUCUCCCUAUCGCUCCAUCUCGGUUUGUUCUCCUUCGUAUCAUUUCGCUUCACCUGUUGUCUCUGUUUUCAUUUUCCCUGUUAUUUCCGACCCCUAGUCCUUUUCAUCGUUCAAUUUCCUCUUCUUCUUCUUCUCGGUGUGAUACCAAUUUUCCGAUCCCAUCCCCUCUGUAUUGUUAGAUUUUAUCUUUUUUUUACCUCUCCAGCUGUGCCACAUUUUGGCACAUCCAGUGGAUUCAUUGAAGGAACCGACUCAGGGUCCUUCAGUGUCACUGUUAAGCCGCGUUCAGACCAAACGCGACCAGGUCGCGUCGCGUCGCUUUGGUCUGUCACGUCGCGUCGCGGGGUGCUCUGGUGUGUUCACACCGGGUCCAAAGCUGCAGUCGCAGGUCGCGGCUGGUCGCCGGUGACGUCAUCCAUGUCACCAUCUCAGUUUUCAGUUCAUCAGUGCUGCCGCAUAUCUGUUCAUCCGCAGUAGACGCCGCCGGCGUUUAUGGGUGCAUGAAACCAUCCGGAGAAGGACGGAGCUGGGUGAAUUUCACCGCUUGCUCCAGGAACUCCGCCUGGACGACGGCCGCUUCCAGCGGUACUUCCGUGUGUCGACGGUGCAGUUCGAGGACCUCCUCGCCCGGGUGGGAAGCAGCAUCUCCCGCCUGGACACGAAAUACAGGCGCUCCGAAACUGAGAUGCUUCUUCUUUGGCGUUGCGGUCCCGGUACAGCCCGCAACCCACGUCGUAUAGCACCGGGUGGUAGCUAACGGAUGUGAUUAACUGCUCCUCCAUUGUGAUUCUUCUUCUCCUCUUCCUUGUUUCGCCGGUUUGUUGACGUCAGCAGAGCCCUGAUUGGCUGUCGCGGCACGGAGUCGCUCCCAAAGUUCAAAUAUUUGAACUUUGGGAGCGACGCGACUUGGCGUCCUGCGACCUCGGCGACGCGACCUCGGGGACGCGCCUUGGCGACCGGUCGCUAGGUCGCGUCAGGUCGCGUCGCAGGCAGCCAUAAAACAAGCGAACAGGACUGGCUCUCGUUUAUAUUCCACCUGUGGAUCACACACACAGACUCACUGUUCAUUCUCCUGCUCCUACAGGUUUAAAUGUGGACACAGUGGUUGCCGGGGACGACAGCCUGGAUAGGAAAAAAACAACAGGUGUGGAUGGCCGACGUCAAACCAUGAGCGGCAACUCUGAUCCCCGGCCUGCAGGGGGCACAAUGGAGCGACGCCACACCAUCUGUGGAGUCGACUGGAGGCCUUCGCUGUCCAGGAGUAAUCACGACAAGAACCAGAGUGUAGAUAGAGGGGGAGGAGGAGGAGGAGGAGGAGGUGGAGGAGGGGGAGAAAGAGGAGGAGGAGGCAGUUUGGAGAGGAAGAGAGUGGGAGGGAGCUGGGAGAGGAGGCAGCAAACACGCAAGACAGGAGGGAGCUGGGAGAACCGCAGAGCGAGACCCAUGAGCGGGAGCUGGGGGGUGGGAGUAGGAGGAGGUGCUGGAGGGAGCUGGGAGAGGAGGCAUGGUGGAGUGGGAGGAGGGGGGAGCUGGGAGAGGAGAGGUGGAGGCGGGGGAGGAGGAGGCGGCGGAGGGAGCUGGGAAAGGAGGCAAGCCUGCACCGGGAGCUGGGAACGAGGGAAGAGCUACGGCAGCUGGGAGAGGAGGAACCACAACCCGCUGGAGCCCACGCCCUGUCCGGACGCCUACUGCAACCUGGUCAUCCUGGCCGUGGAGAACAGGGUGGGUGGACGGGUCGGUUCUGUUCCACAUGAUACCGAUUCUGCUGUAAGAUACCGGUGCAUGACCUGUAAUAUCCAACAAGACCAUCAACAAAAGUUCAAACUUAUACAGGCGAGAGAUUCAGAAGCCGUCUUAUACGAACAAAAUAAAUUAGUAAAUUAAAUUAAGUGUACACUGUCAUGAAUAAUACGUUCAUAUGUUCAAAGAAAGGCACAAAGAGGCAAAAACAUUCAUUGAAUUGGAUGUCAUUUUCGAGGCAGUAUGUUCAUGGCUAUGAUACAAACCCAGCACGUAAUAUCAAUUUGACCACAAGAGGGCACCAAAGUCCACACAAACCUAAAACACCAGUUAGGAAAUUUCACUUUGUGUCAAUUUUGGCGCCCCCUGUGGUGAAUUGCAUCAUUUUUUAGAACAUAUUCUGCAGAUAAGCUCAUGUGAAUAUUAUCAGCUUCGUCUCUAACAGUCUUGUUUGUUUAUGAACGUCAUAAAAAGGUUUGAAUAUGAAUUUCAGUAUAUUUUAUUUACAUUAAAAAACUCCUUACAGGAGCUUUAAAGUUUCUCCCAGAUGACCAAAGAGAGCAGAAGAGAAGAAGCUGACUGUAAACAAGUCCCUGCAUUGACUUGUGUUGCUGCAGAUAAAACAGGCAGAUAGUGUGUGUGUGUGUGUGUGUGUGUGUGUGUGUGUGUGUGUGUGUUUACUCAGAGCUGGUCAAUUGUGACUCUGAGUCUUUGAUUCUGAGAGUAAAAAAAAAAAAAACUACAACAGACUGAAGAGAGAUUUCAGUGGGUUCACUAAUGAUUUGGCUCACAUGUUGGAGCCGUGCAAAGUAGGCCAACACUGAUGAAGCUCAUUCACACACACACACACACACACACACACACACACACACAAACAAACAGUCAUACUGAGAGUCUGCAUUGUUAUGUAAGCUGCAGGAUUGCAUCACAGUUACAGCAGAGUAGUUUUGUCACCGCGUGUGUGUGUGUGUGUGUGUUUGUGUGUGUGUUUGUGCGUGUGUGUGUGUGUGUGUGUGUUUGUGUGUGAACCUCGUCUCUGGAGUCAGAGUUCGUCUCAGUGUGUCAUUGUUGCUCACAGGCUCGACUCAGCUUUAGUUUUAGAGGUUGCUGGUUCAAAUCCUGACUUUCUUGAUCAAAGUUCAAAUGCAGCUCAGAGAGGAGGAUUUAUCUGGCGCGCUCAACAAAAGCUCAUCCUUCCUCUGUCUGCAGGCAGUCUUAUCAGAGAAUCUCACAGAUAUUACCGAUGUGGUAACGAAUUCGGCGUGAUGACAGCCUCCCCUCUCUCUCUCUCUCUCUCUCUGUGUUUGUGUUUGCGUGCAGGAUGCUGCAGAAGAGUACUGCUCUCUGAUCUGUCAGAUGUUCCAGAUCAUCUACGGCCACCAGACCAUCGAGUGUGUGGACAGAGCCGGGUUUCACCACAGCAUGCCCGAUCGCUUUUGGCUGCAGAGGAGUGAGUGACACCGAGGCCUUCUGCCUGUCAAAUCUGGUCAAAUUAACAAACUUGGAAACGUUUGAAAAAACUCAUAUUUUAAAUUUUCCUUUAAUUUAUAAGUAAUUUAGUUUAUGUUUGCAAGAACAUGAACUACGGUGGCCGAGAAGCGCCACUGCUGCAUAAAAAAGGAUGCAAAAAAAGAACAUCACUGCUGCUAAUGAAAAUUAAUGUAAAAAAAGAACAUUAUUUUGAGCCACAACGGAAGUUACCAAUGCAAAAAAAAAAGAAAGAAACCAAAGCCUGAUUCAGAUUAAAAAAAGAAACAGUGCAGUUAAAAAAAGAAGCCGUAAUGGGAGUUAAUGGCGUAAUUCUUACUGCGAAAAUAUAAGGAUGUAAGUGAGCUGCCUUACGAUGGAGUAUUAGGACCACAUUAAAAAAAAAAAAAAUUAAGACUGAGAUUAAUUUAUGAGAAUAAAGUCAUUACUAACAAGAAUAAAGUUUAAAAUCAUUACUUAUGAGAGUAAAGUCAGAAUGAAGCUAUUUUUAUUUUAACCUGUUGUUAAAGUGACAGUUGUUGAAAUUAUAGCAAUGGAGCAUUUCGUGAAAAUUUACUUAAAUACAAGUUUCUCAAACAAAGAGACUUAAUCUUUUGGCACAUCAGCGCCACAUUAUCGUAAGUAUCAUAAUGAUUUUACAACGACUUUAUUCUCGAACCAAGUAAUUACUGCAUUACGACUUUACUCUUGUAAGAAAUUAUUUUAUUACAACUUAAUUCUCAUAAGUAAUUACUGUACUACAACGUUAUACUCGAAAAUUAUGACUUUAUUAUGACUUUAUCUCGUAAGUAUCAUAAUGAUUUUACAGCGACUUUAUUCUCAUAGCUAAGUAAUUUCUUCAUUAUGACUUUAUUCUUGUAAGUAAUGAUUUUAUUAUGACUUUAUUCUCGUAAGUAAUUACUUUACUUUAUUCUCAUAAAUUAAUGACUUUUUUGCAGCAGGCUUCUUUUUUUUUGCAUUUGUAUCUUCUGUUUUGGCUUCUUUUUUUUCGGUCUUUUUUUAUUUGCAGCAGUGGCAGUUUUCGGCCACCAUAACUAACAGACGAGCGUCAGAAACCUGCAUUCAACAGGCAAAGCUCCAAGACCAGCAGCUCAGCUCAUCAUCUGCACAGUGUUUGCUCUUUGCUGCAUUUUGCAUUAAGUUUUAAUGAGCAGAGCAGCCUCUACGGGGACGCUAACAAGCUGUCAGACUGUGACUAACCCGUCUGUGUGUGUCUGUCUCUCUGCAGGUGACAGCUGUCUGACUGACAUGUCCUACAGUUAUGAUCCAGAGUUUAGCUGCUGCAGCUCAUAGUGAGUAACAUUUGGCUCUGACUGGAGCUGUUACACAUCCGCAUAAACACGGCGUGUCUGCAAUUCACCAAAUGUUUCAUCUAUUUAUGUCAGACAUUUUGCAUCAUAGAGGUUUUCCACUCUGGUUAUGGGGAUUGUAAAGUUCUGAAUGAAAGAUGAAUAUCUGCUCUUGUGGAUGGCAUAUUUUCUGCAGCAGAAGAAUUUCAGUGAAGGUGAUUUUGUCAGUGAUGUGAUGACAAAACUCAUAAAGUCUCCUCGUCUUUUUCAGCGAUGGUUCCCAGGACGCCUUCGAGCUCUACUACAGUGAGACGUACAGCGAGAGCUCCUCCCUCUCUCUGCAGGACUCCCAUCGCAGCCUGGCGUCGGUCAGCGAUGGAGGAGACAGUAACCCGGCUCUGCUGCUGAUGCAGGAGUACAUGAUCACUGUGAGUGUUGGUGAAAACCCGCCUCGUGGUUCUGACUCCUCUUGGGUUUGAGCAACAAUAACACAACCGUUUGAAAAAUACACAAUCUAAACAUCAAGAGGGCAAGUAAACAGAUUUUGAAGAGUAAUUAAAGUGUUCGUAUUUUUUAUGAAACAUUAUUUAAAGCACCUAUAAGGAAUUCUUGAAAUUAUACAAAUGACUUAAAGCUCCUGUGAGGAUUUUUUUCUACAAAUGCUCAAAAUUCAUGUUGAGGAGUGAUGGGCACGGCAGUUCUUUUAGAUUUACUGAAUCACUAGAAUCAGUUCAUUCAAAAGAUUUGCUCAAAAGAUUUGUUCACCGAUCCCUGAAUCAUUAAGCACUUGGCGGGAGGAGCCUGCAACUCUGACUUCCUUAGCUGAUAGUUCCUCAAAGGAGCUUUAAAUGUAAAACUUAGCUUGUGUGUGUGUGUGUGUGUGUGUGUGUGUGUGUGUGUGUGUGUGUGUGUUUGUGUAGUUGCGUAACAAGCUGAACCCCAUGGAGUUGCAGCAGUUUGCGGUCCUGCUCAGAGAGUACAGGCUGGGAUCAAACAUCGACCACUUCUGCUCUGAGCUGCUGCAACUGUAUGGAGACAACCGCAAGUUCCUGCUGCUAGGUGAGACACACACACACACACACACACACACACACACACACACACACACACACACACACACGAUCACAAAGACUGCAGCAAAACGAAACCUGCGGCUGACUCAGCUCUGUGAGAGUAAGGGAAGUUUGUGUCGAGAGUAUGAGACGCUUUUUUUUACUGGUUAUGUGUUUACCACAACAAUUUUAGCUCUGACCCACUUCCGCUGAGAAAACCACAACUUCCUUUUUGAGAGAGCUAGAGAGAGAUAGAGGUGUUGAUGCACACGUUGUGAAAACCUGUGAAGUAUCUCAUUAAUCUUAAUCUAAGUCACAUUUACUUGACAAGGUUACAUAUAAAAAUAUAAAAAAGAUAAAACCUGCAGAAAAUAAAGCCUGAACCGCUUGUAGUGGGUAAAAAUAGCUUCCAAUGCAGCUUCUUUUAACAAGUUAUUUAAAGCUCCUGUGAGAAGUUUUUACCUGCUUAUGAACUGACUGAAAAUAACCGUCUACAAAAGCAAACGAGACUGUGGGCUGAGAGACUGAUAUUUCCUGUCAUGUCAUUUUUAAAUGCUGCAGAGGUUAGGCGUCCACCAACGCAGUUGACAAAUAUUCAUGAUGAUAUGUCCACAGGGGGGCGACAAAGACAACACAAACAGACAUUACAUCACAGGAGCUUUAAAUUUUAAAGUUCGUCUUAUUUAUGUUUGUUUUUUUAUAAAUGUUUUCUUUCCCGGUGCACAGACUGUUUUUGCAGAUGUUUGUUGUAUCGUUAGUAUUUCAUCAUGUAAACUAAAGUGAUGGCAUCAUUUAAUGUCACAGUUUGUUUGAACUGUUUCACGCAUUUAAUAUAAUCCUGCAGCCUUACAGCCUCGCUCCUCCACCUCCUCCAGGCUGUUUGAGAUUGUGUUUCAGGUAUUUUUUAACAUUUUUAUUUAGUUUAUUAAUUCACACAUAAGAAUAAUACAGAUAAACAUGCACAGAGACAAUCGGAGGUGUGAUGAAGAGGUGCAGAAACCUUCUCAGGGGCUUAAAAAUGAAAUAUGAAGAAAUCAUGAUUAUAAAACAUGACUGAGCUGAAAUCUCGUCUUUGUAUCCCAGGUAUGCGUCCGUUCAUCCCAGAUAAGGACGUCGGCGUGUUCGAGGGUUUCCUGGAAAGCAUCGGGAUCCGAGAGGGCGGGAUUUUAACCGACAGCUUUGGACGCAUCAAACGCAGCAUGAGCAACACAUCUGCUACGGCCAUGAGAGGGUACGAAAGGUCGGAGGUUUUAUGGUGAAAGGCCUCAAAGCUGCAUGUAAACCUCGGUUGUAUUUAACGUUGGGUUGUUCUGGGUGAUCGGGUUUUAUGUUGCUGUUUCAUAUCCCAUCAUAAAUUUUUAAUGAGGCGCUUUUUCUUUAUUUGAAAUGAGACCAAAGAGCCAACCUGUGGUUCAAGAACAUAAGUGUGUAUAUAGAGGAGGUGCAAAAACCUGCAUGUAGUAAUGGCAAACAAAACCUGUCCAGCUGAGUAAGAGGAUACCCUCUGUUCCUAACAGGUAUGAUAACUGCACUAUGGCAUCUGGAUCUCAGGAAUUCAACCGACGCAUCACCGACAUCACCCACGACAUCCAGGCGCUCGGCUUUCAGGACACUCACGGAGACAUCGAGGAGGAAGACUACUACCUCUGA